AUGGUGGACAAGGGACAUGGUAUACACUCCUCCACCACCCGGAUAAAAAUCCUCGCGGCGGCAAUUCUUAGCGGCUACUCGAGUAUUCAAAACUACGUCCCCUAUAAUCUCUGGCGCGAAGCGGAAGCUGGACGGACGGCGAUUGUGCAAGCUGCGAUGAGUAGUUAUCGGCAUGAAAGUUUGGUGGGGAAUGCGAAGGGGAUUCCUGUGUUGUUGCAACAUGGUUCGGAAGAUGAUAAUGUUCCUGUGCAUCAUUCGCGACUUAUGAGGCAGUUGCUGGGGGAAGCGGGUGUGGAGAGUGAGUUUGUGGAGGUUUCUGGAAAGGGACAUUAUUGGGAGGGAGUCUACACCACUCCACCACUUCGAGAGUUCUACGAAAAACAUCUCUCGCUGAGAGAGAAAGAGGAUGAGGAUGAUGGGUGGAAAUUACACGACUUUAGUCUGGUGACUGCUAAUCCAGGCGACACGGGAUCUAAACAAGGCGCACAAAUCCUCCAACUCCAAACUCCCGGUCGACUAGGAAAAAUCUCCGUACACUACCACCCACAGAAAAUGGAAUGUAUAUUACAGACGAGGAACAUAAGACAAUUCCGUCUACCAGAUUACUUCCACGUCUGCAAAUCCCUCACAGUGGACGGCCAAACAAUCCCACCAUCCUCCAGAAUCCUUCUCCUCUCGGACAAAACCUGGCAAAUACCACCCCCCAAACCAGAACCCUCCCCCCAAAACCACCACCACCACCAACCUCGACAACUAGGAACAAUGGACGCCCUCCUACGCACCCGAGGCCCCUUCACAAUCAUCCAUCAAAACUCCUCCACAACUCAAACCAUCGCCCUCCAAAUCUCCCGAAAUCUCUGCCAGUACUUCUUCGCAGAUACCCAAAUCAUAACUUCUUCCUCCUCUUCCUCCUCCUCUUCCUCCUCCUCCUCUUCCUCCUCAGCGUGGGAUGAUUCCAAGGGAAACAUAAUAACCAUAGCCCUCACCUCCCCUCCUCCCUCUCCCCCUCCUUCAUCCGCAACCCUGGACUUCCCAAUCCAAAUCUCCCCCACCGGCCACGCAAUCACAAUCCGCCACUCCAACUCCCAAUCCCACUACCAAAUCCCCUCAAAGCGGGGGGGUCUAGCAGCGAUAUUCCUCCGUCCAAUAUCCAAAGGAAGAGGAAGAGGAGUGGAAUUGGUGGUUUGGGCAAGUUCGGAGGAAGUAUUAAGAAAUGUGGCGAAAUUGGUACCGAUGAUUAGUGGGAGUGGUUUACCGGAUUUCGUGGUUUUGGAUUGUGGGGAGGGGAUGAUGGGGGGGAGGGGGUUUUGGGGAUGGGGUUCUUUAAGGAGGAUGAUGAGGGGGGGGUGGGAGGUUGAGGAGGGGGGAGCGUUUUUUGCUUAA